AUGUCCGACGCUCUCAUUUUCGAAUACCUCUGCUCUCCCCGCUCCAGCAAGCGCGGCACCCAAGCAUUCCACCACAACCACCCUAUCAUGGACUCCUCACCUUCGUCAUCGAACAACCACUCCGACGUCCGCGCACCCAUCAGCAGCAAGGGCGGUGAGAGCAAGAGGGGAAGCCUCAAUUGGAUCAGGGGAAUGGGGAGGAAGGCCUAG